CAUAAUUGUUACCAUAGCGAGAAGUGGACGCUGCCGCAUAUGAUCAAAAAUACCACUAAAAACUAGCAAAUUUCUUAGAGAAGUCGUUAAUUUGCAUGGAAAACAAUCUUUUGCACCAAUGCCGGGUAAAACAAAGAAAGUAGAGAAGGAAGAGGAGACACCUGCUGCACCGUUAAGUGGCGUCUACAUCUUCCCUAAUGGAGAUAAAUAUGACGGAGAGUAUAUUAUGACCGAUGACGGUGCGUUGGAACGAUCAGGAAAGGGUACGCACACAACAGCAAACGGCACGGUGUACGAGGGGGAUUGGGCCCAGGAUAAAAUGACAGGACACGGCCGUCUGACGCACCCUAACGGGAGUGUGUACGAAGGGGAGUUUGUUCAGAACCAAUUCCACGGGAGGGGGAAAUACACAUGGCCCAAUGGAGCGGUCUACCAGGGAAACUUCAAUGAGAACAGAAUGGAAGGAGAAGGUGAUUUCACAGACACCGAUCACCAAGUCUGGGUUGGAACAUUCCGCUACAAGGCUGCACCAGGACUCAAGUUUAAAUUAGGGGUUGCAUGAGGAGAUGCCUGUUGGAGGAUGGGUUUGGGGGGAGGAGGGGGGGGGGGGCGGGGGAACUUCUCAUUUCAAAAGUGACCCUGGCCCUCAGUAUUCAUGUCUGAGCAGGCUUGAUCAGAAAAUUUGCGAAGGAAAAACAAACGGCAUUAACAUGCAUUAACGUAAAAUAACUUGCAUUUUUCUGUAAAAUGGCCGAUAUUUCUUGGGCCAAAAAAAAAAA